UAAAUUUUGAAAAAAUAAUCCACUGGUGCCGUGCUUUUCUGUUAUGUGCUAUUUUGUUUUAUUAAACUUAAAUUGAUGUGAUUUCGAUAUUUAAAAAAUUUUUAGGCAAAUGUAUCAAAUUUUCAGUAUAACAGAAACGAAUGACAUUAAUCUAUGAUAAGGGAAUUGUUAAAAAUUACACAGAAUGCCGGCAACUGAGAGAUUUUUCAAAAAUACUUUACAGGAUUAUAAAGGACAGACACAAAAUUAUGUUGAAGUUAAUAAAGAUGAAAUAAAACGUUGGAUAAUAAAAACAAUAGAAGAUAUUCAAAAAAAUUUCCCUCCUGUAGACCGUAAUGGAAAUGGGGGAUUAUAUGUGGGAACUGCAGGGAUUGCGUAUGCACUAUAUUAUUUAAGUAAAUCAACUAUUUUUACGCCGAAAGAAACACAGCUAUUAUUAUCAGAUGCUGAGCGAUAUAUAAAUUCAGCUUUGAAAUUUGCAAAAGGUCGCGAAAACUUAAUUAGUGAAAAAUCAUCUUUUUUACUUGGAAACGCAGGUGUAUAUGCAAUGGCUGCAGCAAUUAAGAAAACUUCAUCUGAUUGUGAAAAUUACGUUAGCAAAUUUGCAGAAGCUGCGGAAAAUUGCAAACCACAAAAUUUCUUAAGAUGUGGAAGUGAUGAGCUAUUCGUGGGACGUGCGGGAUACAUUUGUAUUGCUUUAUGGUUAGCGAAAGAAAUUCGAUCCGAAGUGUUAUCAUUGCAACAGCUUACUUUAUUGUGCGAAGUAAUUGUUAAAUCUGGGCAAGAUUACGCAAAAGCACAUCAUAGUAAAGUUCCAUUAAUGUAUGCUUAUUAUAACACAGAAUAUAUAGGAGCUGCUCAUGGUUUAAGUUCUAUUUUAUUCAUGCUAAUGUCAGUACCUAGAUUUUUAGAAACACAUCCACAAGAAACAGAGUUAAUUCAAAAAUCGGUGGAUUUCUUGCUAGAAUCUCAGUUACCUAAUGGAAAUUUCCCUUGCGUUGUGGAGCAAAAACCAAUUCCGGCUGGACGAUCUGCAGAUGAUGAAUUGGUUCAUUGGUGUCACGGGGCACCGGGAGUCAUUUAUACGUUAGCAAAAGCUUACGUAGUUUGGAAAGAUGAUAAAUAUUUACAAGCAUGUAAAAAAUGUGGAGAAUGUGUAUGGGAAACCGGUUUAUUGCGAAAAGGUCCAGGUAUUUGCCAUGGUGUUGCCGGAAAUGGAUACGUAUUUCUUUUAUUAUAUCGUUUAACUAACGAUUUAAAAUAUCUUUAUCGAGCAGUUCAAUUUUCUGAGUUUAUGAAAAGUGAAUUAUUUAAUAAGCAAGCACGUACACCAGAUUCACCAUACAGUUUGUUUGAAGGAUACGCUGGAACAAUAUGCUUCUUGGCAGAUUUGGCUGACCCAAAACAAGCAGCUUUCCCAUUUAUGGAUGUUUUUUAAGUUUUUAUCAACAUUCAAUAUAAUUUUUGUUCAAAA